ACAGUCGUUGUUACCCCACAGACAACUCUGGACRGUUUAGAUACAAAUCUAGUACAGGAGGAGAGAGAGAGAGAGAGAAAGCGCGCUUGCGAGCAGGCGUAGUCCGAGAGUUCUGCACCGUGCUUUAGUGCUGAAGUCGACACGGCAGCAGCGGAUCCGUGCUCGCUCCAGAGAGACUGCUUUACUGUUCUCAACGACAUUGCACUGUGGGCGGACUGAAACACAGAGAGGAGGAAGGAGAUGGUGGAUAAAGUACAGGUCCAAAGACGAAUUGGCGACCGCUCAACUAGUGAUGUUAUAGUGAGGCUGCGGACCCAUGAAGGUAGAGAUGAGUGGUUCUACUGUCACACAAAAAUUCUUGUACAGAAAUGCAAGUACUUCGCUSACCGCCUCUCUGAGAAUUGGCCCACAUGCCAGAUCCUGGACUCUCGUAACUGUGUUGAGGUGUACUGUCAAGAAUCUGAUUUCAACUAUCAUGUCAGUACCUURCGCCUUCUCUAUGUCAUUACAGAUGGUCUAGUUCCUGACUACUGGAAUGGUGUUAGGAAUGCCAUUGGCAUUCUUCAAGUGUCGAWCAAGCUCGGUUGCCAAGRGAUAUUCYGUGCCUGUGUAAACUACCUUGAAGCAGUUCCAUGGGAGGAGGCUGAGGAGGAGGAGAUUCUAAAAAKUAUAYCAAACUUGGGUUCAGAAGAUGCUCAAUCAAUACUUKCCYGUCUCCAACCUGUUGAUCCAAUAGCURUCARAGGAAYUUUUCUCUCUGCUAUCCGGUUUGCYACAUCGUCACCUCCUCAAUCUAUGAAUGAUCUCAAGUGUUCAGCCCAAGAGCAGCUUGAGUAUAUGCUCACUGAGGAUGAUGAUGUGCCUCUGCUAACAGUCGAUGAUGAGAUACAAUCUGAGGUGAAGGGUUGUAUGAACAAUUUAUUGACCAGAUCCUAUGAUCUCGUACAAUCUUUGUUAUGUGAGCCCAAGGAGUUGGUACACGGGGCAGGGAAGAUACUGGUACUGCAAUCACUUUUAUCAAAUCUGGCAUAGGCCUGCCGUAUUUUGUCUAAGAUGGAAUCCAUGAAGGAAUUUGUUCAGAGUUGGAUGGGAUCAUCAGAGAAGAUCAUCAAGGCAGUAGAAGAUGCAAGCCCAAAUGAGGACAUACYUGAGACCAAGUUGAWGGUUAUUGAAGUUGCAGCUAAGGUUUUAGAGGCAAUUGCAUAUGGCAAUUUGAUCUUAGUAGCAGCAAAAUGGCUUCAGGUGGUGAAGGUAUGGCUUCCAUUUGUAAGGGGGACAAAACCUUUCUUUGAUUCCAGUGGAAACAAUGGUGAAGAUAUCCCAUCAAUUACGGUAGAUGGUGAAUUAUGGCAGAGCCUAGAAUCAGCAUUUGUCUCAAUCAUACUUGCAUUGCCAUCGGGGGACCAGGCAGAAAUCUUGAGCGAAUGGCUGGGGUGCGAGUACAUUAAUAACCCAGAUCUGACAGAGGCUUUUGAGGUAUGGUGUUACCGGUCCAAGGUUGCCAAGAGAAGGUUCACAUUGUUAGGGGACAUUCAUGGUAUUACAAACCCAUCCAUGAAUAUCAUGAUAUCUAUAUCUGCUUGUUCCUUUGUGUAGGUUAACUGUGAAGGGGGUCACAAGCCUUUCCUGUAUAUCAUUCCUUUUGUCAAAUGCCAAGUGUAAAUUUACCAAAGGUGGUUAAUAUCGACAAAUUACAAACUAACAUGAUCAUUAUCCAAA